GUUCCCGGGGGAGAGAGGGCGGAGAGUUGGCAGCAAACUCUGUAACACAAGUAACAGUAAGCAGGCAAGGUCGGGACAAACCGGAGAACUCGUUUUACCGAAACUCAAGAGAAGACUUGGCUCUAAAUAAACGGAGCACAGACUGAGGGGAAUCGGAGGGCAGCUGUCAUGAACCGUGACCGGGAAUCUGGAUCGAGGCAGGCGGGCGUAUAUUAGACACCGGCCUGUGGAUCUCCAGCUCCAAGUGCGCUUUUACAGCGACUUUUCCGAUGUCAGAGAGGCGGACCAGACGUGGGACCGGCUCGGAUCUGAGCAGAACCACGGCGGCCAGGGCUGCUGCUAUAGCCGAGCAGCUGCACCAUGAAUGCUCCAUCCUCCUGGAGCUCUAUAGGAAGACAGAGAACUUUCCUGCAGAUGUUGCCGACGGUCGUCUGGUGUCCGUCCCUCCUCCUUCCUCCCAGUUGGACACCAGAGACAAGUUGUGGCGCCUCCACUCGGCUUUGCUACAGUGCCGCAGCUUGCUGGAGAGAGCGAUCGCUAAAGAGGAAGAAGAGCUGGGCGGUGGGAGAAAGGGUGAGUACGAGAACCAGAGGAAGAUGGUGAAAGAAAGGCUGUCACUUCUCCUAAUCAACACUGGAGAGCUGCUCAAAGCUGCUGAUGGACCUGCCAUCCUGACUCCCAGCUUGGAGGGCUUAGAGUUAGACGGGCCGACCAUUCUGUUUGAACUGAAGCUGUGGGUGUACCGGAUCUUCAAAGAGGUGGACUACUGGACCAAGAUGACCAUCACCACCUUGAAAGGCCUGCCGUCAGUCAUCGUCAAGGAGCCAGCGAGGACCACGCGAGCCAGGAGAAGCACUCGGAGAUGAGAUGUGAGAAGGCUGUGUGGGUGAUGAGGAAUAAAAAGAGGGUCAGAAAGGUCAGGGAAAAAAUAAAACAGCAGAGGGAAGGUGUGAAGGGGAUAACAGGCAAAUGUGAGAAACUGACUGAGGUGGAGAGAAAAAGAUGAAUUGUAACAGCCAGAUGGGAGCAACACGGAUCCCUACUGCAACAGGGAGAAGAGUUAAUUGGGCUGUGGUUAUGAACAGAGGCCUCAAAUAGAGAGAGAGAAAGACACACUAACCAUGACAUUUGUUGGAACAAGUUUAUUUUACACGUGGCUGAGUCUAAUACAUCUUUUAUUUAUUGUUUAAGAUGAAAUCUUAACAUUCAGCAUUGAAAGAUAGUCUUUCUUUCUUUCUUUCUUUCCAUUUUGAUAUUGAGUUAUCAAAACAUGAUUAAUGCUAACUGAAAACAAAGAUGCUGCCUCUACUUUGCUUUUCCAUCAUCCAACUCCCAUUCAUAGUUUUACUCUCGCGUGCACCACUCCUUUGACAGGUGAAGAUUUCAUUUUAAAUGCACUGCCUGGAUUCACUGCAGCUGACAGGAUACAUGUCUAGCAAGGGGGACACUCUCUCAUGAACAUGCAUUUGAAUUUUGGUGUGCAAUUUUGAGAACUGUGGCUUUAUGUCAUACCAUAUAGACUGUUACCUGAGGAUGUCAAGUCCAUGAAGGAAAAACAUGUGUAACAGCACCCUCUAGUGUUUACAUGGUGCUAUUACUUAUAUUUCUUCCUUUCUUUUUUGAUUUUCCUCCAUGGCACUAAUUAUUCCAAAAUAUCCUGUGUUCUUAUGGUUUUCUUAUGUUUUCGAGCACUUUAUUUGCAAAGAAAUCACGUAAAACCACAUCAGAAGUAUCAAUAGUCCACCCUCUUCAGUGAUGAAAGAAAAUUCUCUUGAAAGGGAAUAUCAGUCAUUUGUGAUACAGAUUUUUAUGGAUGAAAAUAGCAUAAUAAAUGUUUCUGAGGUUUUUACAAGUUUUAUCAACAGGUCGUGCUAAACAAUUCAACAAAAGGGACACAAAAUUCAUUCUGUACAUGUCACAAUCGUCAAUAUGAACACAAAUUUCAAGCCCAUUUUGGCUGCGUCUGAAUUCAUGUAUCUAUUGGACAGCUGCAAUAAUCAGGAUAUUAAUUGGUUAAAUUGUGAUCCUGCACAGAGAAAUUAAUCAGAAUUGACCCUCACCUACUACUUCUACCUGUCAGUCUAAUUUGAGCUGUGGUACUAAUUAAAUUAGCCUCAGCCAAAGACUAGUGAUGGUCUUUAAAGAUGCAUGAAGCUUUAGAGUAAGAAAAAGAAGAUAAUGUAAAUGGGAUUGGAUCCUAGAUAAGCAAUAAGAUUUGCGAUAAUGUGGAGCACAAAGAAGUCAAAGAAAUAACGUAAGACCAUCUGUAUGAAUAGGGUUUAUUUUUGUAUAUAUGAAAGCAGGCAAACCUGUGCAGUGUUUGUAUUUUAAAGGAUGAGGGACCAUUUAUAUUGUAACUUUGUUAGGCAGAUUUUAUUCACUUAAUGUAUGUCUUGCUGUAUUGUAACAGUACUGUUGGUAGGCGCACUGGGAGUGACACAUAUUACUCCAAAGUCUUUUCAGGCUUCUCAAAAUCUGAAUGUUAGUACUGAAAUGAGACACAAAUGUAUUUGGUCAGUUGGUCUUAGUUGCCCUCAUUAAUUUCAAAGAGCAAACGUGAUUUGUGAGAAAAGAAGAGCUACUGUACAUAUAUAGUUAUACACUCAACUUCCACUAAGUGCACAAUGAGAAUACAACAUCCUGCAUCUAAUUCUAUCUAAAUAUCUCAUAACACUUUGGAGUGCAGCACCUUUUAAUGUGAUUCACUGUAAAUGCAAUAUGGCAUGCACUAUGUUUGUUGUACUGCGUAUGGGUUGUUUGGGUUGCUUAUUAUAUUUCCUCAUGUUCUUUGUUUUUUACCUACCUUUGGCGAUGCUGCUGCUGGACUUCACAGCUUAUAGAUCAGACUUUUCUUUUCUCUUUAGGCUCCGUUAUCUGUUUCGAGUUUGUAACGUUCUUGUUAAAGUCAAGACAAGUUGGGCCAUAUGUGAACAAAAAUAGCACUGGAUUGUGAGGGGUGCAUGGUGUUGAAUUUUACUGAUAUCUGAUUUUACAACUUUGACAGGUUGCCCAUACUGAUAUGUGCACAUUCACUGCCUGUCCAAAAAAAAGUUGCCAUUUGGAUUUAACUAAGCAAACAGGUAAGAGCCUUCCAUUGGAUAAUUACUGCAGUGAUUGAUAUGUUUCAGCUGCAACAACUUAUUUAACUCUAGCUGAUGCAGUGAGGAGCGUCUCAUUUCUUAAACAACCAUGUCAGAAGACAUAUCCUGUGGUUGUAGAAAGGAUGUUAAUCUGUCUCAGAAGGGUCAAAUUAUUGUCCUGCAUCAAGCAAAGAAAAUAACUAAGGAGAUUUCUGAAACUACUAAAAUCAGGUUAAGAACCGUCCAAUGCAUUAUUAAAACCUGAAGGAUAGUGGUGAACCAUCAUCUUUGAGGAACAAAUGUGGUCGGAACAAACUCUUAGAUGAUUGUAGGAAAUCAACAGUAGAACUCACAGCUAUGUUUAAUAGUGAAAGUAAGAACAUUUCCACAUGCACAAUGUGAAGGGAACUCAAAGGAUUGGGACUAAACGGCUGUGUGUCUCUAAGAAAACCACUGAUCAGUGAAGCUAAUCAGAAAAAAAAGGCUUUAGUUUGCUAGAUAGCAUAAAGAUUGGACUCUGGAGCGAUGGAAGAAGGUCAUGUGGUCUGAUGAGUCCAGAUUUACCCUGUUCCAAAGUAAUAGGUGCAUCAGGGUAAGAAGAGAGGAGGAUGAAGUGAUGCACUCAUCAUGUCUAGUGUCUACCAGCCUGUGGGGGUUUAGGGUUAUGAUCUGGGGUUGGUCAGGUUCAGCAACGUUAUGUUCCCAAAGAAUGAGGUCAGCUGACUACCUGAAUAUACUGAAUGACCAGGUCUUUCCAUCAAUGGAGUUUUUCUUCCCUGAUGGCAUGGACAUGUUCCAAGAUGACAAUGCCAGGAUUCAUGGUGCUCACAUUGAGAAUGAGUGGAUCAGGGAGCAUGAGACGUCAUUUUCACACAUGGAUUGUCCUCCACAGAGUCCAGACCUCAGCCCCACUGAGAAUCUUUGGGAUGUUCUGGAGAAGACUUUGUCUGACUCUCUCAUCAUCAAUAUAAGAUCUUGGUAGAAAAUGAAUGCAACUCUGGACAGAAAUAAAUGCUGUGACAUUGCAGAAGCUUAUCGAAACAAUGCCACGGUGUUUUCAGAGCUAAAGGCGGUCCAAUGAAAUACUAGAGUGUGUGACUUUUUUUUUUGGACAGGCAUUGUAUUUUGUCCACCUAAUUGCAGAGAACAUCAAGUCUGUCCUGUAGUGGAAUAAUAUUCUAUUAUACUCACUUUUAUGGGGUUGGCCCAUUGGCAAAUGCUGACAUACAAUACAGUGCUUUUCAAAUGUACUCAUUCACUGUACAUAGAUAUCAGACAUGUAAAAAAGGCCAAUUUUAAUAUUGUUAGAAAAUCAGAUUUCUUGCUGCUUAGUGGCAUUUUACUGAGAAGUAUUUUAGCAGUUACAGGCUCCAAUGGCUUCAUAUUAUAAACCUCUAUGCUGGUGUUUAUGCUGCACAUAUCAUUUGUCAGUCAUGUAUUGACCUACACAGAACUCUGCCACUAUCACUCUGUCCUUUUCCUACAGAUCCCAGGAAAGCACUAUGGUUAAAUUCUUGGCAAACCAAAUAUUUUGUUUUUGUGUGCCCUAGAGAUGGGUUGUUUUCCCAACUAUUUUUUAUGUUACCCUUCUAUCAUUCUACCUUCUUUGUAGUUUGUUACACCACCAGGUCUCUUUUGACCUUUGCUGUAGGGAGACUUAGCUGUAGGCAAAUGGGCCAAAGCACAAAGGGAGGAUCAGGUUUCCAUUGCAUCUGUAUAAGCAGCACUUAUACUGUAGGAAACUGACACAUUCAUUAGAGUGGACACAACAAUAGUGGGUUUUGCACAUCGUAAACACUGUAUGAUCAAUGGCCUUAUCAUAAAGAAUGUAUAAUUAACCUCUAUCCAUGAUGGCCUACCAAAUGUAUUGAUUAACCUAUGAAUUGUUUCAGUGUCAUUGCCUUUGAUCUUUGGCGUUUAUGGUCAAACAACAACAGUCCCUGACUAGUAAAUGCGGCUUUAUCUGUGCAGGAUUUGUCUUGGAUACACUUUUGUCCCUUGAUAAAAUGUUUAAACCAGAGAGAACAGUCACCGAAGCCAGAUCUAAUUUCGCUUUGGGCUUUUUUGUAUUUCCCCACAUCACUGUAGUCAAAAAGUCUCCUUGGUGUCCCAGAUUGAAUCUGACUUUUGAAAUAAAAACUAUCAUGUCUUGAA